AUGCCUUUGUCUCGUCCAGAAAGACCAAAACACCUUUCUCCCAAAAAAUGUCGUCACCUUAGAAAACUUGUUUCAGCAAAUAAAUUUUCUACCUGUUCUGAGUUGGCAAACAUUUUAAAUGGAAAACAUCUUAACCUUAAUAUAAGCAAAAGAACUGUGCUCAAUGAAUUUCACAGACUUAAUUAUGUUAGUACAGUCCCAAAAACAAUUCCUUUACUUACGGAUCUUCAUAAACAACGCCAUCUUGAAUUUGCCAUGAAAUAUCGAAAGCAAAACUGGAAUAAA